GUGUGCGUGCACUCGUCGUGCUCGGCUAUCAUCAGUCGUCCUAACGACCUCUGCUCUAUCGUCUACUCCAUCUUGUUCCAUCCAAAUAUAUACCUCAGCUCAGCUGUGUUCACUUCCUGUUACUUCACCAGCGAGCUACCAGCCAAACACCCAAGCAAGCAAGCUAGUGGGUAGCCCAGCCCCAGCAGAGCGAUCGUGAUCGUGAUCGAUGGAGCCCAGCCGCCACCGUGUGCCGGCGGCGGCGGCGCUGCUCGUGCUCGUGGCGGUGGCGGCCGUCGUCGGGCGCUGUGGCGCGCAGCUGCCGAUCCCGGUGAGGACGGACGGGUUCCUGUACGGCGGGAAGUCGGCCGCGCCGGCGUGGGGCGACGCGGUGGUCGUCGAGGCCUUCUUCGACCCCGUCUGCCCCGACAGCCGCGACGCCUGGCCGCCGCUGCAGAGGGCCGCCGCCCACUACGGCGCCCGCCGCGUCGCCGUCGUCGUCCACCUCUUCCCGCUCCCUUACCACAGCAGCGCCUUCAUGGCUUGCCGGUCGAUCCACACGGUGCACAAGCUAAAUGCGUCAGCCGUGUAUCCCCUGCUCGAAAACUUCUUCAAAUACCAGGAGGGUUAUUACAACAUGCCGACAUACACCAAAACAAGAGCAGCGGUGGUCGCCGAAAUAGCUAACAACCUUGUCGCCCCUGUCAUUGGUGAGGCCAACUUGGCAGCAUACAGAGCGGGCUUCAACGACUCACAGUCAGAUCAGGCCACAAGGAUUUCCUUCAAGUUUGGUUGUGCACGAGGCGUCACCGGGACACCCUACUACUUUGUUAAUGGCAUACCACUCAGUGACUCUGGUUCUCCUAUGGACUACAACAAGUGGAUAUCCACACUUGAUCCGUUGGUUGGCAAGAUGUAGGGAGCUAUCUCGCUGCAAAUAAAUAUCUCUAAAUUGUAACCAAUAUUAGCCAAAUAAGUGGAAGACAUACAUAGUUUGAUUUUUCCAUAAUGUUGAUGGAAGUAUGUGUUCAUUAUCAUGAUAAUGUUUGUAAGUCAGGCAUGUAGUUCCCUCGAUGGCCUCCCCCCCCUUGUGCACGCGGAAAUUAAUUGACAGCUUUGGAGCAUGUUUUUCUAUAAGGGUUUGCAAUUCGAGUAUGCGAAUACAAUGAGUACAAAAAUCCAAA